AUACCCACAUUUGCUCAGAUUCCUUUUCUUUGUCAUAAACCAAAAGUUUAUACCAAGAUCAUGGUAGCAAUAGCAAAUGCGUUAAUGCUUGGGACAUUAUAUAGUUGUUUGGCUAACCCUGCACAAUGUUUGACACCACCAGAUGUCCAGAACCAUUUUGUGAAAAUCCGUAAUACAAUUCUGGUUUUGUCCUCGAAAACAUUGUGGGAUACCGAAAAUGUAUCACCAGAAGACUGUGCAGCAAAAUGUUGGUCUGAUAAAAGGUGUUUGUCAUUUGAAAUCAGUAAAAAAAGAGGAAGAUGUUUCUUAUCAAAGGAAAAUGCAGCUAUCUUCAGGGAAAUAAGGAGAACUAAGGGAAGAGAUUACUACCAACGGGUAAAACCCAAUGAGAAACUUAUUAUAUUUAAAAAAGGUAGCAUACAAGGAUAUGACAAUCUUGGACACUAUAAAAAUGUGAGUUUAAAGAAGUGUAAGCAAACUUGUCGGAAACAUCCAGAAUGUAAUUCAUUUGAAUAUAAAGAAGAAACAAAGUUAUGUGAUCUGAGCAACGUCACUCACCUGACUAAUGACAUUAAAUCCAACAGAUGGGGCUGGGAUAUUUACAUCUUUAAUCCAGGUUACCGGAAGAUUGACUGUGGAACUCCAAAAGACCUUGCUCGUGCAUUGAAGGUCUACACGAACACUACCUAUGAAUCUGAAGUGACCUAUAUUUGCCCAAUGGGAGAAAAACUUACAUCAACAUGUGAAAUGAACAAUGAAUGGACUUUAGUUGAGCCUACUUGUAAAAAACCUAUGUCAUGCAAAGACAUAAAAAUGUGUGGUAGGGAUGCAACUGAUGGGGAAUACUGGAUCUACCCCUCUGUCCUUAACCAUAAAAGAUUAAAGGUUUACUGUCAUGACAUGGAAACAGAUAAGCCAAAAGAAUUUAUCACCUUACCACAUGAAAAUUUUGCAUAUGUACCAGCUUUGAAACCAUUCCAUUUAUGCAUGAACCGCUUUGAUGAAACAAUUAGCAAACCAGGGAAAACUAUUUUUAAGAAAGUUCGAAUUUAUCCAGAGGAAAUGGUUCUCGACAGAUUUGAUUUUACAUUCACAGAACUUGAAAAAGGCAAAGGAAAACACAAACGAGGUUUUGGUGCUGCUGAAGAUUGCUUGUAUGGUAAAUCAAGUUACUGCAAAAGUAAAGGGGAAAUGAAGGUUGAUCUAACACACACUGGUCUCAUCCUUGGAGAUUCGGUUAAAUGGGUGACAUAUGGUGAUGACUCACGAAUUAGUGAUUUGACAUAUUCUGAAAAUAAGCAAGUAGUAACAGCUACAUGUGGAGGAAAAUGUGGUGGAUGUAAACCUGAAGGCAAGUUUACAGUGCAACUUGGUCCAGAUGAACCCUCAACUACUGGUGUGAAAACCUGUGAAUUCCUGAGACAAAAACAUUGUUCCAAGCCUGCUCGUGCACAGUGAAAAGUACAGAAAAUUUUCAAACAUAAUGUCUUGUGAAAUAUGAAAUAAAAGUUGAUGAUUUAUGAUGUGAAAAAUA